AUGGAUUUGGAUCUUUGGAUUGGCAAGGUCAAGCAGGGCCAGCAUCUAAUGGAAGACGAGCUCCAGCUUCUCUGCGAAUAUGUACUCUCUCUUUAACCCUUUUUCAUACCAUCUCCAAUCCUAUCCCCGGGGCAUCUGCCAUGCUUUAGGGCAUCACAUUUUGGGGGUUCGUUCUCCCACCCCAGCUCGUUGCUCGGGGCGGGCGGCGUAUUGGCAUUAGGGUUUCGUAGAUUGAAGGGUUCUUUCUGUUUAAUAUUUAUUUAUCGCGCGGGCGGCUUCUCCCCCGCUUGGAGCGGUGUUCUUGCGACAAGCGAACGUAAUUCAGUCGAAUGAAUAGACGAAUGGAAACUAUUCCUCAUUAACUAAAGAAUCCUCGAUUAGACUGCUCAUCGUUUAUGACGAUGGACAUGUUCCUCAAAACGUAGAAUUGCUUCAUGGAGGGUAAAAAAGUUAUGAUAAUUUUUGAACGAUUUAUAUUUUUAUGCAUUUCAUAACAAUCUUUACCAUACGUCAAGCUUUUUCAGACUCCAAUCUGAUCAUACUAUUUUAUUGAAGGAAACGAUCGUAAGAUCCGUAAUUUCAUUAACGUCGAGUUGUUGGAAUCAUGUCAAUCUGUUAGAAAAAUGAAUUGAUUUAUAUAAAAAAAACUUGCAAUUUUUUUUAAUCAGAAGCCAUCAUCUUCAUUUUACGGAAGCCACUCGAAGUUCAUAUUCCUGAUGGAAACAGUACAUGCUAACGAGUGUCAAUGAUCAUAAUGUGUGUUUUAUAAGAUGCCAACCUUACUGUGCUCCAGAACGGGUUCCUAAUUCAGUACAUUUCUAUGAUGUUCCAGCACAAUGCCUCACAUAUUACUUUCUAAUGAAUGUUCAUGCAGCAGCAAGCCUAGUCUUCACAGAAGUAUGCAUAAGCUUGAUAAAUAUUCACAAGCUGAAAAUCGAAAUAGAUCAUUCUUUCAUUGUGAGCCAUAUAAUCUCUAUAUUGACAUGUUUAAAUUUAUGUUUUGAAAUCUAAAACACAUAACUUCAUUGUACAAGAUAAUAAGCGUGACACUGGGAAAGACAAUGACUCUUGGUGAAGAGUCUCUUCUUUCUCAGUGAAGCAUGUGCGAUUUAUGCGGUUCAUGAACUGAGAGAACUUCAUCUGUAGAAUUGACUGGAAUUUGACAUGGCGGAAACUAGGUCGCUGUCUGUGGCAGAAGAUUAUAAACCAGAAUAUAAUGGAUUGAAUUUCUGUGCAAUACUGGUGUAACGGUGCAUCCAUCUAACAGUUUUAGAUACUUUAGAGAAAGUGCAAUGAAAGAGAUUGGUCAUUAAGGAUUUUAAUGUACAUGGAAGGUUGUGAGGGAGGUGGAGAAGCUUUCCUAUUCCCCUUUCAGGGAUUUGCAUGCGAUGACAAGUAAUUAUAUCAACCCUUGGACACUUAAUCAUGGAGAGAGAAAAUUAUUUCCUCGUGCCUUUUUUUUUUGGGAAUUACAUACCUAUGGGUUUCUUGUCUUAGAACCUGCACACUUAACGAGUAAUUAGAUCAACCCUUGAACGCUUGGUGUUUCUUCUUGGUCGUUUUGUACGUUCUUCUUCGUUUAAUAUAGGAGUGGCUUUAAUUACGUUAUAUGAAUUGAAGCAACCCGCACAGAAAGAUUUUCUGCUUAUUUUUCUUGCUUAAUGCCGUCCAGGUAAAAGAGAUUCUCAUUGAGGAGUCAAAUGUUCAGCCUGUCAAUAGCCCAGUAACUGUUUGUGGUGACAUUCAUGGUCAAUUUCAUGAUCUAAUGAAACUCUUUCAAACAGGGGGUCAUGUUCCCGAAACGAAUUAUAUAUUUAUGGUAAAAUAAUUCUUCAGAAAUCUUUCCUUCACUUUUCCUGAUAUGUUCUGAUAACUUUAAUCUCAUUAGGGCGAUUUCGUGGACCGGGGUUACAACAGCCUUGAAGUAUUCACAAUUCUUUUGCUCCUGAAGGCCAGGUAGUUAUGCACAUUUAUGGCUGUUGUGCUGAGCCUUGUGUUACUUUUUUACUAAUGCACUGAGACAAUCAUUGUCUUGGUUAUCCGAAGCAGCAUUUCACCAGUUUAUGAACAACACUGAUUCACCACUGAGAUUGAUUACUUGACCGUAAUAAUGGAAAUUACUAAUAUCGUCUUUUCAUUUGUAUUAUUCGUUGCACACAUCGUUCUGUAUGGUGCCAUUGAUUCAUUACUUUAUAUAUAAACUACUUUUUAAGGUCCCCACUUAAAUAUUAUCCUAAUUUUUCAUUUUUAUUUCAGAUACCCUGCAAAUAUUACUCUUCUACGUGGGAACCAUGAAAGUAGGCAAUUGACACAGGUAAUGCAUCAAUUAAGAUGAUGUAAAUUGUAUUCCAGUGCUUCUGGAACCAUGCAUUUUUUUUAUUUCCUACAAUGCCGUCUAUGUUUUGUUAAUCUUUUAGUUAAUCAUUGUAAUCAUAUAUUUUAUUUUUCAAGAUCUACUCUCCUAUUUUGUGUCACAAACUGUUUCUCUAAUUUUAUGCGCAAGUGACAAACCUGAUUACAAUUGUAAAUUAUGAAGCUCACGAGACUUGUUGAGCCAUAACAGAUGUUAACUGAUCAUGGUCAUCCGUAUUGGAAUUGACCACAAGAUUGGCCAUGUCUAAUGGAUCAGCCCUGCCAGCAGAUAAUACUUAAAUCUCGAAUUCGAAGAAAAAAUGAUAUAUUUGUACGAAUGUAUGAGGGGUUGAUCCACCAAUGUGAGAUCUGGGUUGAUGAACGAGCUCACAUCAUUUUGGUGUAUUCUAUUACUCUUGUGUAUGAGCUUUUUUUAGAUAUAAUUUUACACAUAAAGUGACAUCAUCAGAAAAGAUUGACACACAAAUCUUGAAACGUUCUUUUUCUUUUCAGGCUGAGUUUAUUAUCGUAAUUGAAUCCCUCAGCUUACUUCUUUCAGACCACUGCCAUCUUAUAUAAGGCUAAGUUCACUGACGACAAUAUGCCCGAAUACCUUUUAUGGAAUAACGCGUUCAGCAGAAGAAAUAAAAUUCAGACGUGGAAUUAUGAUUGGUUUGUGUGUGCAGGUUCCUAUCUCGAUUUAUUUUCUGUUGAAAUAUAGGGAUAUGAUCAUUUUGUACCAUGCAAAAACAUAAAUUUAUAAAAUAUUUCUUCACUUGUAUUCUAUAUAUAUAUAUUUUCUUAUUGAUCAUUACUUAUUUUUUUAUUUACAUGUCUGGUCAUCUCCUCACCAAUAAAUAGUAACUUAUAAUCAAUCAGAUAUUUGAUAAUGUUUCCACAACCUAAUCCUAGCUGCUAAUUCGCACCUCUUAAAAUCAUUCAAAUUUCUUGAUGAGAGACCUGGUGAUCUGAAGAAGGUGACAUCUAUUGUUGAAAACUAAUUGGUUGGAAGUGCUGUUUGUUCUGAUCGAACACUGGAGGUGAUAUGUACUCACUCCCUAGUCUUAAAAGUUGCAAAAGGUCGACAACAAGGGGAGGACGGUACCUCUUGAAGCUUAUCUGGCAUUGUCCUCAGCAUUAUUCUAAGCAAGAACUACUGCUUCUAAAUGCAGACCUACUAUGCCUUGGAAGUCAGUAGUAGUACGAGUUAUUUGCGGUUUCAACUUAGUGAAUAUUAGAAAUACACAAGUGCUUGAAUAGACUAUAGUUGCCAUACAAUCUGAUGGCUUAGUAACAAAACAUGGGAACGCUUUUUGCUUUGGGGUUUCAUGAACAUGUUUGCCUUUCGCUGUCUGCAAAAUCAUUGGGAGCUUAUGCACAUUUUACGAAAUGGUGGUCUCCCAAGCUGUUCUUUGCUGUCUUUGUACCAUGGUUGCUCUUACCACGAAUCUCUGAUGCCUGAAAACCUGGUUAUUCUUUUCAUUCGCAUGCCUUUAAACUUUUCCAUGUCCAUCAGAUUUGUCCCUGCCAUGGUUUUGUUGUGAGAUAUUAGUCUCGUGAAAAUUGGGUUGCAUUGUCUUAGUCAAGUUCUUUGUCUGCUGACAAUCCUUCACCAUUUGCGUGGUUUAAAAUUCCACAAUUUACAAGAAAACGUAUACUAUUUCCUUAUUUUUUAAUUUAAUUUUCAUUUGAUGUGACUGCUGAAAGGAAACCAAGUCACUCUCCAUUCGACCCAUAAAAGCUUACAAAUAUCCCAGAUCGUUAGAGUUUCUUUAUUUUUAUGUAGGUAUAUGGAUUUUAUGACGAGUGCCAGAGGAAGUACGGCAAUGCAAAUGCAUGGCGAUAUUGCACUGAUGUUUUUGACUACCUCACCAUCUCUGCAAUUAUUGAUGGAACUGUAUGCUCAUGUUACCUUCUUUCUUUUGUACCCAUUGUGUUUCCCUUAUAUUUACAAAAAAAAUCUCUAAUGGCCAUUCCAGGUUCUCUGUGUCCACGGUGGCCUUUCCCCUGAUAUUCGGACAAUUGAUCAGGUGUGAAUUUGCUCUGCGGCAUGCCACUCCAUUUGUUGCAGCUGCUCUAAGAUAUUCAUGAAGCUGUACAUUCAUGAAGCAUCUCCCUCUCUCCGUAAUCUUGAGUGAUCUGCUUUCCAUGUCGAUUUUUACUUCUUCUUUUUUUUUAAUUUUUAUUUUGUGGCAGAUAAGAGUUAUCGAACGAGAUUGUGAGAUACCCCACGAAGGCCCUUUCUGUGAUAUCAUGUGGAGUGACCCUGAGGAAAUCGAAACUUGGGCCGUCAGUCCACGAGGCGCAGGGUGGCUAUUUGGAUCUAGGGUUACAUCCGAGGUAAGCGAGCAUCACAUCUUGGCCCACUCUAAGCCUACCCCUGGCCCGGGGAAGGUUUUUCUGCUUAUCCCUGAAAAUCUCUCAUCGCAGUUUAAUCACAUCAACAACCUCGAUCUGGUGUGCCGGGCACAUCAGCUUGUCCAAGAAGGUCUCAAGUACAUGUUUCAGGACAAGAGCCUCGUAACUGUGCGUAUACCAGUAUAUCUUUGUUCAUCUCACCUACAUGGUCUUCUUGGACAGCCGUUUUUUGUCAUCUGAAUUGCCGGGCCCUUUCCGCAGGUCUGGUCCGCGCCUAAUUAUUGCUAUCGGUGUGGGAAUGUCGCUUCUAUAUUAAGCUUCAACGAGAACAUGGUAACAAAAAAUGCAUAGCUUUUACCAGUUAUUUAGGAUUUCAAACCAUGAUAGAUAUACUUUGUUCAUCGGAUUUCGCUUGUCUCUAUUUUGCUCUGCAUUGCAGGAGAGGGAGGUCAAGUUCUUCACGGAAACGGACGAAAACAAUCAGAUGAGGGGUUCCAGAUCAGGAGUACCAUACUUCUUAUGA